AUGUAUGUGGACGUAAGUUAUGUGGACGCCCGAAGAAAGGAAUUUUUGAGUUUGACCCAAGGGAGUAAAACUGUGGCUGAAUAUGAGGCUGAGUUCUUGCGAUUGAGUUGCUAUGAUCGUGGGAUAGUGGCGAUUGAGUAUGAACGCUGUGUACGAUUUGAGGAUGGCCUCCGAGAUGAGUUGCGAGUUCUGAUAGCUCCGCAAAGGGAGCGAGAUUUUGCUACCCUAGUUGAAAAGGCAAAAAUCGCCGAGGAUGUGAAGCGUUCUGAGCGCCAGAACCGUGAGAAAGAUAGGGGCAGGUUUAAGAGGGAUUCAGAGCCCUCAAGCUCUUUUGAAAGGCCUAAAAAGAAGGCCAGGUUUGAUGGUCCACCAGUGAGAGGUGGUCAGCAGCCACCAAAAGGCCAUGGGCAGGUUAGAGGUGGAAAUGGUGUGGGACGAGGUCAUGGAAAAUUUGGUAGAGGUGUUGGUAACAGUGAGGCCAGACAACCAGCAGUGGUCUAUGCUUCUCGUCGCCAAGAGGAUGGUGACGCUCCAGAUGUUAUAACCGGUACGUUUCUAAUUCAUAAUGUACCUUACACUACUUUAAUUGAUAUAGGGUCUACACAUUCAUACAUUGCAUGCACUAUGUCUGGCACAUUGGGUAUCAUGUGUGAGAGUACUGCUAAUGAGAUGACUAUGUUAAGUCCACUUGGACAAUCGGUAAGGGUAGAUAAGUUAUUCAUAUUUGUGCCCCUAGAGGUUCAAGGAGUUAUAUUUCUAGCGGAUUUGAUGGAGCUACCCUUUGGUGAAUUCAACCUGAUCUUGGGGAUGGAUUGGUUGGUAAAACACCGUGCAAUUUUGGAUUGUGCUACUAAAUGUAUGGUAUUAAAGACUACUGAGGAUGAGGAGGUGGCUGUGAUUAGGGAGGGAAGGGAUGUCAGAAUUGUUAAUGAGCUCCCUGGGUUGAAUUUGGAAUUGAGCUCCUGCCAGGAACGGCUCCAGUGUCCAUCGCCUCUUAUAGGAUGA